AUGUCAUUCAAUAACUGGCAGGGUAUUAGUUGUCUUACAUGUGAUCCAGUUGAUAGAAUAGGUUCAUGGGUGACAUCAAUAAGUCAAUGUUGCUACUUAUCAUCAGUUGCAUCAAUAUUUAAAACGAAUUAUUCAAAUUCUUUUAUAUCUUCUGAUUCAUUUGUAAAAGCCAUUUGUAAACCAAAUCGAUAUUUAAUGGUGAAAGAUCAAAAACAAACAAUGUAUUGUUAUAAUACGGCUUUUCAAGAACUUGAUAUAAUUUGUUUACUUGAAAAUUAUGAUAAAAACUAUUGUAAAUGUCAGUAA